GGGCGCCUGCACGCCGGGGCGGGGCCGCCGCCCGUCGGUUGUUGUAGUAACGGGGAAGCGGCGGGAGGGGCCGGGGUUGCCUUUGUGCGCCCGCCCCGGCGCGGCCCGGCCGCCGCGGGAGCAGGUAACUGCUCUUGCAACUAGGAUUGGGCUCUAUGAAAUCUCCCAGAGGAAAUGCCAGUUAGGAUGGCAAAAGAUCUGGAGGAAACUGGCUCAUCCGCAGAGGAGGAAGAAGAUGCUUUAGAUGGACUGGAGGAUCAUCCAUGUAUCAAGUGGACCGGUGGUGGCUGCAGGCGGGUCCCUGUCUUGGUGUUUCAUGCUGAAGCCAUUCUGACUAAGGACAGCUACCUCCGUCUAAUUGGAGAGCGCUUCCACAUGUCUUAUAAGAUCGUGCGAACAGAUAGCCGGCUGGUUCGGAGCAUUCUGAGCGCCCAUGGAUUCCAUGAGGUUCACCCUAAUAGCAGUGAUUAUAAUCUCAUGUGGACAGGAUCACACUUGAAGCCCUGCUUGCUGCGUUCCCUUACAGAUGUUCAGAAAGUCAACCAUUUCCCUAGGUCAUAUGAACUGACACGAAAGGACAGACUGUACAAGAACAUCUGUCGAAUGCAGCUGGCCCAUGGGUUCAAGACAUUCCAUAUCUUACCUCAGACCUUUAUCCUCCCGACAGAGUACCAGGACUUCUGUAAUACCUUUUCUAAGGACAGAGGCCCAUGGAUAGUGAAGCCUGUGGCCUCUUCCAGAGGUCGAGGUGUCUACCUGAUAAAUAAUCCAAAUCAAAUUGUAGUGGAAGACAACAUUUUGGUGUCUCGUUACAUCAGCAAUCCCUUGCUCAUAGAUGAUUUCAAGUUCGAUGUGCGUCUCUAUGUUCUGGUGACAUCCUAUGAUCCACUUGUUGUCUAUCUCUACGAGGAGGGAUUGGCCAGAUUUGCAACAGUGAGGUAUGACCAGGCAUCCAAGAACAUCAAAAACCAGUUCAUGCAUCUGACCAACUACAGUGUCAACAAGAAGAGUGGAGAUUAUGUCAGCUGUGAUGAUCCUGAAGUAGAGGAUUAUGGAAACAAGUGGAGCAUGAGUGCAAUGCUGAGGUACUUAAAACAAGAGGGGAGAGAUACUGCAGCACUGAUGGCCAGCGUGGAGGACCUGAUUAUCAAGACUCUAGUUUCUGCUGAGCUGUCCAUUGCCUCAGCCUGUAAAAGUUUUCUUUCACAUCGUGGAAGCUGCUUCGAGCUAUAUGGUUUUGAUGUCCUUAUUGAUGACACUCUGAAACCAUGGCUGUUGGAAGUGAACCUGUCCCCAUCAUUGGCCUGUGAUGCUCCUUUGGACCUGAAGAUCAAAGCUAGCAUGCUCUCAGAUAUGUUCACUCUUGUAGGCUUUGUAUGCCAGGAUCCAGGCCAGCGGUCAAGCCGGAACAUUUAUCAUUCAUCUGAAUGUGUCAAAAGAAAUCCAUAUCAGAAGCUUCAGCGUACCCGUCCUCUGUCUGCCAGUGAUGCUGAACUUAAAAACUCAAUGCCCUUAGGGAGGGAAAAAGGAACAGGAAGGCACACCAGCUCUGUGCUAGGCCUCUCCAUGGAGGAGAUCAGAGUUCUUCGGCGAGUGAGAGAGGAAAAUGAACGGAGAGGAGGCUUCAUCCGGAUAUUCCCUACUCCAUUAACAUGGGACCUUUAUGGGUCUUUUCUAGAGCACAAGACAUCAAUGAACUACAUGCUGGCUACACGUCUGUUUAAGGACAGGGGCAAGAUGAAAAGAGAGUUCAUCACUGCGAGAUCCCGAGCAGGUCUCAAUGGAAGGCUGGAAGCUGUGGACUCUCAUGCUCUCUUUUAUGAGAGAAAGCUUAUUUCACUGGAGUUACGGAAGUGUCGGCGAUACGGCAAGGCUAGAGCAGCACAGACAAGAGCAUCAGGCACAUCAGAACCAACAAAGCUGUCCCUCAAGUCAGACACAGAAGGUGAGGAGGAAGAGGAGAUGGAUGCAGAUGAAGAUGAAGAGGUAGAUAGAACUGUUUGCUGUCUUUCGGACACCCAGGUGAAAAACAAGCCAAAGUUUCCUGACUCAGUGAAAACUACUUGUAAGGAGAGGUUACCAAAAAAACAUGUCAAGAAAACUGGAGAUGGAGAAGAGCUGCUUCUGCAAAAAACAGAUUCUAAAUCUCAGUUUAACUUGCUUCAGAUUCUUCAAAAGCAAGGAAACUUGAGCAAAGUACAAGCUCGUACAGCUUUCUCUGCCUAUCUACAGCAUGUUCAGCUCCGACUGAUGAAGAAUGCUGGUGAACAGGUCCAGAAUCCUGCCUGGGUUGCCAAAGAGGAUGAGCAAAUGGAGCUCAUCAUCCGCUUUCUGAGGCGAGCUGCCAGCAACCUUCGUCACUCCUUGAGGCUGCUGCUCCCCAGCCGCAGCAUAGGACUAGUUGAUCGUCGUCGCAUCCUGGCUCGCCAGCUGGGCGAGUUCAUCAUUUAUUAUAACAAGGAAACAAAGCAGAUGGCUCAGAAACAACCAAAAAAGGAAGAGGAGGAGGAGGGAGUGAAUCCUGAAGACUUUCAGAACUUCAUUGCCAGAGCAAGUGAAAGUGACCUGGAGGAAGUACUGACAUUUUACACACACAAAAACAAAUCAGCAAGUGUCUUCCUAGGAACAAAAAACACAGGCACAAAACACAGGAACACCAAUCACCAGUCAGAGAAGCAGCCCCAUGGUGAGCAACCUGAGAUGGUGAAGAAAAUAAAAGAUGAUCAACCCAAAAGUUCAGUUGCAGAUUUGUCUGCAGAAGGAGCACUAAAAGGCUGUAAACCCAAAGAAGCUAAAUCAAGCUGUCCAGAAGGACUCGCCUCCUCAAAUGUUGAAGUGAAAUUACCUCAGUGCAGCCCUCCUGGUUCUUCUUCCUUUGUUCCUGCUUCCACGUUCCAGAGAAGUACCAGUUCUUGGAUGCCAUCUCAGCCUGCAGCCUCUGAAAAUUCAAAUGUGGCUGGUCACCCUGCAUUGCCGUCUCCUCCAGCUGGUCCCAGACUGAUUCAAUCCUCACCCCCACUACCCUCCUUGCAGAGCACAGCUCCUGACAGCUCUUCUGUCCUCACAAACCCAGUGUCCACUGAGACUUGUAGCCUUGCAGGGUUACAUCGUCGUUUUGGUAGCUACACCGUUGGCCCAUUCUCAUCCUUUCAGAGAGCUGUUCAGAUCUACAGUCAAAGAUUGUCCCAACCAUCCUCUACAAAAGUAGGUCUCCAUCGCAGUUCGAGUGGGCAGUGUGUGGGCUCUGCCAGGAUGCACAAAGAUGCAGAACAUACUUCUUCCCAGGGCAAGUGUCAUGGCCCCAGUGUGGCAGCAGCAGAACUGCAGCAGCUGGAAGAAAGGCAAGCAGCCUGCCAGUAUUCCCCACCAAGCCACGUCAGUGUCCUUACACAGCAGUUAACAAACCUGGACUUGGCAAGUGGAGCUAUAAGCAAAGGGAAUGCAGCUGCCCCACAGAGCUAUUGGUCACCACUCAACAAAAGAGGGUCACUGUGGCCUGUUCAGUCAGACACUCAUAGAGAUGACAAGAGACCUGUCUCUUCAGCAGUCAGGGCUCCAGAGAAUCAUCAUUUUGGCUUGGAAGGAGAGAUGGAGACCAGUGUCUACAAGACAACACGGGGUCCUCUGGCACAUCCCAGCUAUCAGCUUCAGUUUGCUGUGCAACAACUUCAGCAGCAGAAGCUUCAGUCAAGACAGCUGUUGGAGCAAAACCAAGCACGACAACAGGCUGUUUUUGCCAACUACUCACAAUCAAGCACCAGUCAUAUAUCUAUGCCAGCUGGCUCUGAUGCCCACAAGACGUCAAGUGCCACUUCUAGUAUCCAGAAGGCAUCCAGUUUGCACAAAGUGAUGCCAUCCCAGAGUACAGCUCCUCAGCUCGUUCCAAAGCCUCCAACAAACCACAGACAGGCAGUGAUCAGAAAGGCUGCAGCCCAGAGGAUUUCCAAGGUCACCUCCACUGAAAAGCAACUGAAUGGAUUCCAGAACAGCCUUCACAGUGCUGCAUCCUGUGAGCCAGGAACAUAUUCCACAGCUUCUUCUUGCAGAGAUGGAUUAACACAGAACUCCAGGUGAGGAAUCCCAGGACUCGCUUCAGGUGUGGGAUGAGGGAAGAAGCAGCAGCAGUGACUUCACACCAUCACAUUCCUGUAUCAGCCAAAAAAGAGAGAAGAGGAGGCCUUGGUGAGAGAGCAGCCCACUGAAAAGAGUGUCUAAACAACUGUGAAAACAGAUUAUGGUGAUAUACCUGCAAGCUGAAAUGAGUGAAUGCUGCUGAGAGCUUCUGCUGCUGAGUCUUUGUCCCUUCCUUCCAUUUCUUCUUGAUCACUAACUGUGAGAUCUUUGUGUAAGACAAGAGACCUUUCCUGCAGGUACUCUUCCUAAAGUCCAGGUUUGAACAUAAAAGUCUCACCUGCUCAGCCAUUUCAAUCUGUUCUAGUCUGGUAAUAGCCAAGAUUCCAUGCUUUCAUCACAUGGCAACCAUCAGCAGAGAAAAAUAUUACAACAUGUGACUAGAGAGGUCUGUGUUGGUUGCCAUCUUGAAUUUUGGCACAGAGCCAUAGAAAUUAACAGUUUAAAUAAAGGAUUUUCAUUUGUUUGUUUUGGU